AUGCUUGAUUGGUAUAGAAAGAAGGAUCCUAAGGCUGCACUUGUGAUAGCUGAGAAUGCUCCAGGGAAUAAUCAAAUGAAUUGUCCAACAAUUCAAAAAGAUUUGGUAAGGGCUUGUGCAGAGGAGACAAGUGAAUUAAUUAAGAGUGAAAUUGGAGAUCGUUGGUUUACGGUGCUUGUUGAUGAGGCUCGUGAUGCAUCAAUUAAGGAACAAAUGGCCGUGGUUGUGAGGUUUGUCAAUGAUAAAGGAAGUGUGAUUGAGAGGUUCCUUGGCCUACAACAUGUUUCUGACACCACAUCAUCUUCACUGAAGGAAGCAUUGGUUUCUAUGCUUGCAAGAUACGGGUUAUCUAUAGCCAAGGUUAGAGGACAGGGAUACGAUGGAGCUUCAAACAUGAGAGGGCAGUUUCAUGGGUUACAAAGGCUGGUAUUGAAUGAAAACCCUUUUGCUUUUUACAUCCACUAUUUUGCUCAUCAAUUGCAUCUUGUGGUAGUUGCUGUAGCCAGAUGUUAUGCUUCAACUGAUGAUUUCUUCAAUUAUGUCACUUCAGUUGUCAAUACUGUUAGUGCUUCUUGCAAGAGAAAAGAUCAACUUCUCCAAAAACACCAUGAUACUCUUGUUCAGCAAUUAGAUAGUGGUGAAAUAACUCCUGGGAGAGGGAAAAACCAAGAAACUAGUCUUGCUAGGCCUGGUGAUACACGAUGGGGUACACAUCACAAAACAUUAGUACGUCUUAUGCUCAUGUGGGAACCUGUGCUUGAGGUGUUAGAGAAUAUUAGUGAUGAUGGUACUGAUGGGGAAAAAACUAUAGCAUCUGGAUUGAUAGAAAAAAUGGAGUCAUUUCAAUUUAUGUUCAUAUUGCAUCUGAUGAUUAGAGUAUUGGGGAUAACUCAAGACCUAUCACAAUGUUUGCAAAAGAAAAAUCAAAACAUUGUUCGUGCAAUAGGAUUGAUUGGUUCUGUGAUGAGAAAUAUAAAUGCCAUGAGGGAAAAUGGUUGGGAUGAUCUUUUAGAGAAGACAAAAGCCUUUGCUGCCAAACACAAUAUAGACAUUCCUAAUAUGGAAGAUAUGAUACCAAUGAGAGGUCGUUCAAAAUGUCGUGGAGCCAAAUAUGUGACCUACUACCAUCAUAUUCAUCAUGGGAUUUUCAAUGUUGUCCUUGAUCAAAUAAUUUGUGAGUUGAACAAUCGAUUUCCAGAAAGAUCAACUCAACUAUUGAGAUGUGUUGCUUGUCUUGAUCCGACAAAUGAGUUUGCCAACUUUGAGAUAGAGAAAUUAGUUGAGCUUGCUAAGAUUUAUUAUGCUGACUUUAGUGAUUAUGAAUGUGAAAAGCUAAGAAUUGAUCUUGAAAAUUUCAUGGAUGAAGUCAAACAUGAUGAAGAAUUUUGCUCUUGUAUUGAUCUUGGUGGCCUUGCUGAGAAGAUGGUUAAAACUGAUAGACAUACAUAUUUUCCUUUGGUGUAUCGCCUCAUUGAGCUUGCAUUGAUAUUGCCCGUGGUAACAGCAACAGUUGAAAGAGCCUUCUCUGCUAUGAAUAUUAUCAAGACCGAUAGGAGGAAUAAAAUGAAUGAUGAUUGGAUGAAUAAUAGCAUGAUAUGCUAUAUUGAGCGGGAUUUGUUUGCAUCCAUUGAAGAUGAUAAAAUUUUAAAGCGCUUUCAAGGCUUAAGAAACCGUAAGAUAAACUUGCCACCUAAGGUCCCAAGGUGCGUAUUGUUUUAG